AUGCCUACUACGAAUUAUAAGGAAGAUCCUGAAAAUCAAGCUCUACAGAUUGUGGCAUAUAUGUUUGCUGGUCUUGCUAUGAUGCUUAACAUUAGACUUUCUUACAGUGCUGCUCCAUAUGCAUUGCUGAGGUUCAAGUUACCUGAAAAUCUCUUCAGUGUCUUCGUUAGGACUACUUCAAGUGCACUGGAGCUAUGGUGUAUUCCAAGUAUGCUCAUUGGUAACAUAAUGGAACAAUUCUAUAACCACACUCAAGAUACUUCAUCAUAUCAUUACGUAGGACUCAAAAACUAUGCCUCUGAAAUAGAGAAGAAGGCAGGAAAACUUAAAACCAUUGCUGGGGCACAAUCCACCAGUGAGCUUGCUUCAACUGAGAAUACUGAUCUCCAACAAUCUAGUAAUUAUCCUCAAACUAAACUCGAGGGAAAAGCCAAUCUACUAAAGGGUGCGGCCCAAUUGCUUCACAAAGUAGCCAAAGCACUAGAGGAGGCUGUUCAGAAUGAUGGUACACUUAAUCCACUUAAAGAUGGUGCCGGAAAACUUAAGGAUGCAGCCAAGACAACUGGUAGUGGUGGCCUAUUCGAGAAAGCAGAGGCACUAGCUGGUGUUACGACUAGUGAAAAUGCUAGUUCUCAGGCCGAUAAAGUCAUAAAAGCAUUUGACAAGGUUGAAACCCAGUACACCGAACUAAUUAAUACAGCCAAUACUAGUGGGCUAACCAAUGAUUCUAAGGUCAUUGAGGUUGUCAAGUCAUACCAUGAGGUUAAGACAAUUUAUUAUCAAAUGAUCAUCACCUUUAGGAUCAAACAGAAAGCCGAAGCAUUUCACAGUGCGGCCGAAGAACUUCAGACUCAGGCUGGUAAGGCUCAGCCUAGUACUAAUCCAAAACUUAAAGCACUUAAUACUCACGCCAGUGCUGAAAUGGGUGAUCUAGUUGCUAAAGCUAACCAACUUAAAACUGAGGCUGAAAAGCUACAUAAUGCCACUGACGCUAACAUCGUAACGAAGUACCUAGCUGUGGUACAAAAAUAUAAUGAGCUUGAAAAAAAACCAGCGUUCAAAGCAGCACUAGAAGACCCUUCAUCUAAAAGUACAGUAGAAAAGGCCACCAAAGAGUUUAGUGUCCUUAAGAAGUCCUUUGAAAAUGUUCUUAUGCUUAGGGUCCAGGAAUUAUCCGAAAAAUCAGGAGAUCUUAAGAAUGCAGCCUCUGCACUAUCUAGUGAUAGUCUUCUUGGACUUACCGAAGAAGCCGGAAAACUUAGGGAUGCUGCCAUGAGUAGCACUGGUACUGAAGGUCUUAAACAGAAAGCAACUGCACUGGUAACUGCUAUCAAAGGUGCUUCUGGCGGUAAUAAUGCUGAGGCCACUAAAGUCAUAACGGCAUUUGAAGACGUCACAGCGAAGUACCAAGCACUAACAGGUCAUGCGAAUUACAAUACCAAUAAAGGAAAUGCUAAGGUAAUCGCUGUUGAUGAUGCCUACAAGGAUCUCCAGAAAGUAUAUGACUCCAUCCUAAACCUUGCCAAACUAGCGAAGAAGACCUCAGAACUAAACAGUGCAGCCAGUGAUCCCACCAAAGUCAUUGAGAACUUCAAUGCAGUCGUUACAGCCUAUAACGCACUAGAUCGUGAGAGAAAGUCCCAAGUUCAAAAACAAUUCGAAGCACUUCAGACAGAGUAUUCUGAGGCUAUAUAUAAAUAUAAGUUUCAUAUCAUUACAGUUCCGUCCAUGAUAACUAAUUGGUUAAACUUUCUUACAUUCGUAAUCCUGUUGAUAAUUUUUGUCACUGGUGGUGAUCAAGGUCACGUUACUGGUUAUUAUGUGAUUAUGGCCAUUUCCGGAUUCGUGUUUGGUAUUAAUAUGGUCCUUGUGUAUGCUGUAGAUUAUAGAUAUCUUCCAUUCUAUAUGGCUGGUGAAAAUUCAUUUCCAAUGGUAACCUCAAUGAUACUAUACUUUGCCACAUCUAUAUUUGGUAAUCGUAGAAAAUACAACAGUGACUACGUUGUUGUGGUCAUUGACGUAUCCAUAGCAAUACUAAUAGCACUUGUGGCUGCUAGUCUGUGGACAGUGGCGUUCUACAAGUAUAGGACUCCAAAAUAUGGUGACCUAACUCCUGAUCCUUUGAAUCUGGUUUCUCCAGUUGCUAUGGUUAUUGUAGGUAUGGGACUUGUGUAUUCUAUAUAUCCUGGAAUUGCACCUGGUAUGAUUGUACCAUUCUACCUCAUUGACAAGAUAGAGAUGGUACUACUGGUGGCCACAGCAUUUCCACCGGUAAUAAUUGCCAUCCUCAGAUUAAAGGCUCCAAACUGGUCUCCAUCAACCAAAUUCGUAUGGCAUGGAUUUGGUAAACCUAACACAGGCAUGGGAGGCUGGAAACGCUAUGCAUCCGACCACAACUGGGCAGCUGGUACAGACUGCGCCAAAGACAAUAAAGAUGUUCAUGGUUGGAUUUGGCACUUCUUUGAUAUUCUAAUUCCACUGCAGAUUUCCCUAGCUGUUAUAUUUAUAUACUCAAUUCACUACAGGGAUUCGAAUAUAUCUAGAUCUAUUGUUAAUCAACCUAAAAUGUCCACAUUUCUCACUAUUGUAUUUUACAUGUGUCAUGAGAUUCUAUUAGCUUUGGGGUUUCCUGGUAUGGUAGGAAAUGGUGGAGCAGGAGGUCAAGUAUUGCUACCAGUUCAGUACGUUGGGGCCCUCUUGAUGGUGUUCUUAGCAUUUUAUAGUAUAGGAUAUAUAACUGAAUAUAAGCGGCACGACCCUUCCAAAUGGCCCACCGAGGGCAUGACCAAGUGGAAUGCGAUGUGUUACUGGUUAAAGAUGGCGAGCAAAAUCACCAACAAAAAUUUCAAACAAUUGUUUACAACUGAUUUACGUAGAGAUUUAGUUCUUAGUGAUAAAGAAACAAAAUUUAUAAUUCAUGUUAAUAUUAAUUCGAUAUAUACUAGUAUAAUAAUCCUAUAA